UCCAGGCCUGUUGUAUCACUGUCAUAUAUGACCCCUGCUCCUCUCCUGGGGGGCGCCCAGGGCCAUGGCAGAGGUGAUGGGACAGAGGGGCCUGAUGGGCUUUGGUGUGGUGCUGGCUUGGCUCGUGCUUUUCCACCUGCUGGUCAAUAUCUGGCUCCUGUGUGUGUUCACCAGCCUUCUGCUGGUGCUCGGAGGCUGGUUCGGAUCACAGGCCAUCUUGGAGUCCAACAACGUGGUUCACCUGGAGAGGUUCAUCAAACUGGAACAGGUUCAGUUGUCUGCAGAGGAUGAGGAACAGUUGGACCAGGAGAUCCAUCACACCGUGAGAAAGAUCAUUAGAGACUUUGUCUCUUCAUGGUAUUCCACGGUGUCCACGGAGAGUGCUUUUGAGACGGAGGUUCAGGAAGCCAUGAUCUCUAUGGCCAUGGAGCUGAAACUCCGGGCCAGAGGCGUUGACCGAAAGGAUCUGACCCAGAAGGUCCUGAACCUGGUGGGCGCACACCUGCAGGAUUACCUCAGAGCCAAGGAGCUGGUGAAGGACCAGCAGCAGCGCAGUGAGAGGAAGCAGUUAUGGAAAGCUUACUCCUCUAUCGUUACGCCUCAUGUUGCCAUGGGCGACGAGGCAGCGGAGGUGAACUAUGUCCGCGCCGUGGUGGAUUGUUUGCUGCACGUUUUGGUUCCUUCGCCUCAUUUAGAAACCCAGACAGGACGCUUUGUGGUUGGAGAGCUCAUCACCUGUAACGUCCUCCUCCCUCUAGUAGCUAAACUGUCCGACCCUGACUGGUUAAACCUCCUUGUUAUAGAAAUCCUCGGUAGAUCCAACGCCCAGCCGGAGAGAGUCGCUCCUCAACCAGAGAUCUGCGCCCUCCCGCUGCCUGCUGCUGAUUCAGAGACCGAUGCACCUCAGCAGGCUGUGUCGUUGCCUCCGGCGGUCAGUGAGGCACCCUCACAAAGAGCAGAGGCAGGGCUGAGCGAAGACAGAGAAACCGCCGCGUCCGAGUUCACUGCCUACGAUGUGAGCGACUCUGACGAAGUCAGGUUUUCCCAGACUUUCUCUGAGGAAGACGAUGCUUCUCGCCCCUUUUUAAGGUGUUACAUGAGAGGAAGAAAGUCCAACCCAUUUUACCAAGAAACUGAUUCUGACCCGGACUCUCCUUUGGCAGACUAUAAACCCAGCUCCACCGAUUCCUUGCUCCUGAUAGGUCUAGAGGAUGGUCUUUAUGACAGAGCCAGAGACUGCACCACCGCUACAGAGAACAACAACGGCAUAGACUUGGAGGACGUUUCCUUGAGUCCGGUGGACGCAUCUCAUCCUAAGGUCUUGGUGAAUUCAGCAGUAGUGGACAAUCCUAACGACAGGAGCCUGUCAUCAGUCGGUCACACAGAGCGGACCUGCAGCACCAACAGCCUUCCCGAUCUGAGGGGAGAAAAUGGUUCCCCUGCAGUAAGCGAAAGCAGAGAGCUUGUUCUUGGCGUGGAGCAGAGCGGAGCGGUGAACGCCUGUGAGCUGAUGGUGGCUAACCCGCUGCAGGGCUCUUCUCCCAUGUCUACCUUCAGUUUUGAGCCCCUCAGCAGCCCAGAGGGGCCGGUCAUCAUCCAGAACCUCCGCAUCACGGGGACCAUCACAGCCAAGGAGCACCGUGGCACCGGCUCACACCCCUACACGCUUUACACCAUCAAAUAUGAGACGUCAGUGGGCUGUGAGAACCCUGAGAGCAUCCAGCCAGCUUCAGAGCUGGUAGAGUCUCUACUGCCGAGCUCAGAGCAUCCAGCUCCGCUCCAGCCGGUGGCGUAUCACAUGGUCAACAGGAGAUACAGCGAGUUCCUCAACCUCCAGACCCGGCUGGAGGAAAAAGCAGAACUGCGGAAACUCAUUAAAGGGGUGAAAGGUCCAAAGAAAAUCUUUCCAGACAUGCCAUUUGGAAACAUGGACAGUGACAAGAUCGAGGCCCGGAAGGGGCUCCUGGAAACCUUCCUAAAGCAACUGUGUGCCAUCUCCGAAAUAGCCAACAGUGAAGAGAUGCAGGAGUUUCUUGCUCUCAACACGGACGCCAGGAUUGCCUUUGUGAAGAAACCCUUCAUCGUUUCCCGCAUAGACAAGAUUGUGGUGAAUGCGAUUGUAGACACCUUGAAGACGGCGUUCCCUCGCUCCGAACCUCAGAGCCCCACAGAGGACAACGAGAGCGAGGUGGACGGAGGGAAGCUGGGUGUGGACAAGAAGAGCAGGUCUCGCCUGAAACUCUCCAGUAAAAACCUCCCCUUCAUGAACGGCUCAGACUUCCGGCCUCCUGUGUUGUUUGCUUGGGAUCAGAGCGGCACGGUGUUUAAUGGCAUGUCUCUGGUGGAUUUACAAGCUUUUGUUAGCGAGGAGGAAAAGUUGUCUUUAAAGCAGGCAGAGCGGGAGGAGGGUCCAGAGUCGGGCCAGCGUGGAGGCCUCCAGCAUCAAAGUGCGAGAGGAGAGCAGAAGGAGGAAGGCGACUCGUCAUCUGAGAUGUCCCUGGCUGAGGUAGCCCUGAACAUCCUGUGUCUUCUGCUGAAGGAGCACUGGAGCUGGUUGUGUUCUGAAAACAUCCAGAGGACCGUCAGGCUGCUGUUUGGAACCCUCAUUAACAGAUGGCUGGACGUGAGCGUAGCCAACCUGACCUGCACCAAAUACUGGGUGGCAUACCUGCAGGUCGUCCAGGAAGCGGUGUGGCCGGGAGGAGCUCUGCCAGCUGCCGCUCCGCCUGAACGCAGCCAGCAGCAAAAAGACCAGACCAAGCAGCAGGCCUUAGACUGCCUGACCAACCUCGUGCCAGAUCUGGUCUCAGAUCUUCUGGGUUCUGAUACGUUCAGACUUAGCUGGCAGACUGCUCUGGAUUCCUUUCAGGACCCGGAUAUUAACAGACAUCUGGUCUUCUGCAUGUUUGAUGUCCUGCUGGACUUCCUGCUACCUGAACUACCAGAGGAGGAUUUCCAAAGAAGCCUUCUGCAGACCCUCUCUAAGAACCCGGAGAAGAUGCUGGCAUGAGAAGACGUGCAUUGCGUCGUCCUCACUCAUCUCUGAUCGGUGGUGGAAAAGGCGGCGGGCAGCCAUGGGGAGGCUGUUUCACGCCGACCGUCUGCUUUACCCUCUUUGACCUGCGGAGGCGCCUCCGAUGACGUCCAGAGUUACAUAAGAAGUUCCUGAAUGUAUUACACAGCGUCCCAUUCACACGGAUACAGGAACUGCUUUGGGUUACGUCGUCACACCUGGUUUGCGUUUGAUCCCCGAUGUUUAGCUCAGAUCCAAACGUGUCUUAAAGCCUCGUCCGAUCCUCUAAAUCUUUCCUCUUCCUGCCUGCUUCAUUUCCCAGCUUUAGUAAAGUCCCUUCAGAUGCUCUCACUCCCCCGUCCUUCGCUCCCACCGCUUCGCCGUCCCGCCGGCUUUGGACCGAGCCUGACAUCACAGGAGCUCAUCGUCCCUAGUCUGGGCUUUCCUGAGGGAUUUGCCUGACGUGUGUGGAUGUGCAGGAGGAGUUCACAAUGUUUCAGCUGCCUAUAUGGGCCGUUUAUUUAAUCAAACCAGUUAAAUAUGCUGGUAAAUGAACCAGAACAUUACAUGAUCCCCUAUCCUAAACUGUUCUUCAUAUGUGGUACAUUCAUGUGUAAUGGUAACAAAAGGUGUUUUUACCCCCAAACUCACAUGAUGCAAACCAGUGGGGUUUGACUCUGUCUUUAGGUCACACAGUUAUAAUUAGGAACUACCAAUCUGUUACAAACAUUCAUGGUGUUGUUUUAUGUUCUGGGGUGUUUGGGUUGUGGUGAAAAGUGGUGUCGGUGGUCGUGCACUGAGCCGGCGUGUCCACAGCAGCUUAGAGGGGUUUGUUUGGAAGGGGUCAGUAAAUGCACCACCUGGAUGGAUACAGAUGAAGGUUUUGCACUUUAAAAUGAUGCAUUUAAGGACCACUAUGAACGACACAGAACAGAAAAGUUUGUUUUUUUUCUCAGAUCCUGCUUCUGUUUGUUUAGACUGGUGUUAAUGAAGCGGUUAGAAAUGGGCGGGGCCCCGAGGAGUCGGCAGCUCGUUACGUCCUGCUGCUUUCUGACUAAUGUUACAGGCUCCGCAUUUCUGCUUCAAGUCUGGAUCUAAUUUCUAGUUCUAAGUUUUGCACUAAUCCUGACAAAGUUGUCUUUAUUUUGCCUUUAAUUGCUUAUUUUCUUUCUUUCUAUUGUUACUCAAGUAUUUAUAAGCUGUUUAUUUGCUUUAGUCUGUGAAUGAUGGCCAUGAAGUCAGAGGUGCCAAAACCAACAGGAAGAAGAAAAUCUGUCUGACCAUUUUAUUUCUAAUGAUUUUUGCCUUAAAUGUGACUCCGUAAGGUUCAGAUCCUUUAGUUAGAAGUUUCAGAAAUAAUGUCCUAGAAGCCUCAUUUCUCUCCUUUUGCCAAAUAUCUUUAUGUCCUUAAAAUAAUUACUGAUCUGUACCUGCUGUAGAAAUCAUGUGUUGACAGGACGUUUAUUACAAGGUCAUCUUAGACAGCAGUAAAACAAAUAUAUUACUUUCUUAUAAACAACUUCUUCACCAUGAUUAAAAAAAACAAACAAGAAAGAAAACAACUUUUUAUUCUUUUUUUUUUUAAAUAUUACAAGAAAAUCAGGUUUAAUAAAACUCCAAAGGCCAAAUAAUAAUUAAAAAAGAGCUGUGGCUAAUCCUUCAUUUCAAAGUAAAAUUCGUAAAAAGAUCAAUUAUGAAGAUAUAAACAGAAUAUUAAGAUUUCUGGGAAAAAAAAUGUUUUCUGUCUUUGUUUUCUAUAAAAAUAGAUUUAAAAAAUACAUCAAAAUCUGAGUUUAACAUCCGUUCUGAUGUCCAAGCUUCUCAUGGUAGCGUCGCCGUUACGGCUAGCAUCGGCUAAAGAAGCUGCUAGCUCAGAUGCUGUUAGCUAAAACAAACAUGGCAGCGGUUUUAAAACGCUGUCUGCUUUGACAUUUUUCACAUCCAGGUUUAUUAUAUAGAGAGAAAUCUGCUGUUUUUAGCUAAAGCUAACAGCUAAUCCAACAUGGAUUAGCUGUUAGCUUUAGCCUCUAGGAGCAACUGAUCUGGUUUAAAAGAAAGUGAAGACAUUGAAAGAUGUUGACUAAUCACAGCCCCUGGGAAAUGAUCUGAAAAUGGAAUUAAAAAGGAAGGAAAUUUGUUAAAGUCAAUCUAAAACAGAGAAUUUAGAACAAAUAAAAUUAGAAAAUCACAGCAAAGUUUCCUCCAAAUCCUUUAAGAAGCCUGAUAAAGUUUUUCAAAGUUUCCUUCCUAGAUUCCAUUUUUUUAAUGUUCUGUUUGUGAAAUAAUAAUGGAACAAAAUUACAUUUAAAAUCAUUUAAUUUCAGAAGUCACCCUAAUUGAAAAGUCUGGAUUGUCUUUAAAAAAAUGAAGCAUUAUGAAAGUUUGUGAGGCGAUUGGUGGAACGUUAGUCAGCAGGACACCAGAACGCCACAUUCAGCUCGAUCCAGACGAUAUAAAAGGAAAUAAAAAAACGGUUCCUGCUGAUAAUAAAAAAACAUUCAAAAAGGUCUAAAAUGUCCCGUUAAGCAGCUGGAUGAAGGAAAAGUCUCAGACUUGGUUACGUUGGUAGAAAUCUGUUACGAUAUCAGAUAAAAGCUUUCAGGGUAAAGUAUUAAUUUGUUUAUCAGCUUCUAUUUGUCCAAUAUCAGAGUUGUUCUUUAAAUGGAGAAAAAGGGAAACUGGUUUGAGCUAAUAAGGCAUCAAUCAACACAAAAUGAAAACUAAAAACAGAUUCAAAGUCUAUUUGUACUAAAGCAGCACCAUGUGUUGUGUUCAUGGUUAUGUGUUCAUUGGUAGUAGAUGCUUUAAGGUGCUGCGUUCCAAACAUAGAAACUGUUGGUUGCCAAAUUAAAUUAAUGUAAUGUGCCCAAAAAUAACUGAUAAUUAAUUGAUUCUCAGAUCUAAGACUUUUGGUUUAACCCUGGAUAAACUCAGAAACGCUUCAGAUUGUUGGAGAUGUGAUGCAUUCUGUGUUUAGCGUAAGAUGGUUUCCCUAAGAUGAUCAUUAGAAGAGUCUAGAGUCGCUGCAUCCGCUCAGAGUAUCUGGGAUCUGAUUCCUGCUCCUUCUGAUUCACUGUUUCUCUGCGCUUUGUGAACAUGUGGAUGUGUUGUGAACAUUUACUGCUGUCCUGUAAAAGUUUCCUAAAAUCUGCACAAUAAAGUUACCAAACAUGAGGCGCCUUCA